UGGAAAAACAAUGGCUUCCAUGUCUACUGUACUUCCAUUGUGCCUUAGUAUUUUUCUCUUCUUCCAAGUGUCCAUCGCACAAUAUUCAUUUAGUGAAAGCCCACUGCAGAUCCGUCGUGGAUUUAGGGGUGACCAAGAGAGUCGCCAACAAUGUCGGUUUGACCAUCUCGCCGCCCUUGGGGCAACACACCAGCAGAGAUCUGAAGCCGGAUUCACCGAGUACUACAACACUGAGGCAACAAAUGAGUUUCGUUGUGCCGGAGUGAGUGUGAGGCGUUUGGUGGUUGAAAGAAAGGGCUUGGUUUUACCAAUGUAUGCUAAUUCUCACAAACUUGUCUACAUCGUCCAAGGUCGGGGUGUGUUUGGAGUGGCGCUGCCUGGAUGUCCAGAAACAUUCCAGACAGUUCAGUCAUCAUUUGAGCAACAGAUGGCAACAGCAAGUGAGGCUCAAUCGACCACAAAAAAGUUGGUUGACGAGCACCAGCAAAUUCGCCAAUUCCACCAAGGGGAUGUGAUCGCAGUGCCUGCUGGAGUGGCCCACUGGUUAUAUAACAACGGCGAUUCUCCCGUGGUUGCUUUCACUGUCAUUGGUACCAACAACAAUGCCAACCAACUUAACCCUAGAAGAAGGGAGUUUUUCUUGGCUGGGAAGCCUAGGAGCUGGCAGCAACAACUGUACUCAUACAAGGGUGAACAACAAAGCAGCAACCAGAAUAUCUUCGCUGGAUUCAGCCCAGAUUUACUUUCUGAAGCUCUGGGUGUGAGCAAGCAGAUGGCAUUGAGGCUCCAAAGCCUGAAUGACCGAAGAGGCGCUAUCAUUAGAGUUGAACACGGGCUCCAGGCACUGCAGCCCUCUUUCCAGGCUGAGGCAAUGCAAGAGGGUUUGUCCCAGCAGCAACAGCCCACCUGGCUGCAAAGUGGUCGAGCUGGUGGCCAGCGGAAUGGCCUAGACGACAUUAUGUGUUCUUUUAAGUUGAGGAAGAACAUAAACAACCCACAAUCCAGUGACAUAUUCAAUCCCCGCAGUGGAAGGAUCACAAGAGCCAAUAGCCAAAAUUUCCCCAUACUCAACAUCAUCCAGAUGAGUGCCACCAGAACCGUUCUCCAAAACAAUGCCCUGCUCACUCCGCAUUGGACAGUAAACGCACACACGGUGAUGUACGUAACCACUGGCCAAGGGCACGUCCAGGUGGUGGAUAACCGUGGUAGGAGUGUCUUCGACGGUGAACUUCGCCAGCAGCAAAUCCUGUUAAUCCCACAGAACUUUGCAGUGGCGGUGAAGGCUCGGCAUGAAGGGUUUACCUGGGUGUCCUUCAAGACCAACCACAAUGCCAUCGAUAGCCAGAUCGCAGGGAAGGCAUCCAUUCUUCGUGCUUUGCCAGUUGACGUGGUCGCCAAUUCCUAUAGGCUUUCAAGGCAGGAGUCUAGGAGUGUAAAGUUCAACCGUGGUGAUGAGAUGGGUGUUUUUGCACCAAGGAGUGGGCAGCAGCAAUCUGUUGAGUGGCAGAUCAAUGAGCAAUAAACUAGAUGUGUGGCAUUCUAUCUUACUUUUAUCAAUAAUGUGAAGGAGAACUAUACAUCUUUUCCCAUAAAA